CUGGAGCUGGUUAUCAAAACAAAAGUCGAAAGAAAAAUUGCAACAAACACAAACACUAAUAAAGACGGAAAUAUUGGAAGCAUACGAUUGCAGUAUUGAAUGACAUGUGGUUUGAUCCAUCCGGAUACUAUGUGGUUGCCUUGAGCACUCUGCUGCUAUGCAUUUUAAUAGCCCUUUAUUUUGCCAACUUUUUGAAGGACGAUUCUGAGCUGGAGGAUGAAGGCCUUGGCGAUGACGAGGUGCGUUUGGAGGAUGAUCCCGUAAUGAAAGCACAGUUGCAAGCGCGCCUGCAAAGGGAAAUCGAUGAUGAUGAGGCCUACGAGGAAGAGCAGGAACCGUUAAGCGAGAGCGAUGCAGAGCAAGGACCAGGACCAAAGGCGCCCAAUUACAGCAAUCUGGUGGGAAAGUUCAAGGCCAAGCGAUACCAGCACAAGCUGGAAAAGAACCUAUCACCCAGCCAGAUUGAGGAGGAACGACGGAUCGAGCGUGAACAGUUGGCGGCGAUUUUUGAAUUGCUGCGCAAACAGGAGGAUGAACUGAAUCUUAAGGAUCGCAUAAGCGAUUGCGAGCUUAAGCAGCAAGUUAAAUUGUAUCGUUAGACACAUUUUCAACCAGAGCGUGUGAUUAUCACUUUUGUGUGCAUGGAUUUCGGGGAACUUCUGUAUCUGCUUAGAAUUGCAAGGUUUAGGCUGGAGCCUUAAUAUUAAAUGCUUAACACGGAGUUCCGGGAAGAGGCAGAGACGAGUGUCAUUAAUUUACAAUUUAUAGUCAAAGACGAAUAGAUUUUAUUCUGUAUUUAAGUGUCUUUUAUAUAUAUAUAUGAUGUAUAUAAGAUAUAGAGAAAGCAUGUUCUACUUCAAGUAUUAACUAAUUACGAAGUGUGUUUGGGAUAACUUAGCCCAAAGGACCUUCAUAUAUUUAUAAAUGUGCGUUGAUAUUCUUGUCCCCAUGGAAAUA